CUGUCUGCCAUUUGUGAAACUCUUCAAUGGCUACCUUCAACCUCUCAUCCCCAAAAAGGCCAACACACUCAGGCUCUUCCCUUGGCGUAUAUUCCCAAUUUUCUUCCCAAAAUGCCUCCUCUCUUUCGUUUUAUUCCCUACCGAAGCCUUCUCUACCCUUCUCCUCUAUAUCCCUCAGACGUAAAAUUGCAGCCAGACCUCGCUAUGCAACGGUCGUUGUUUCAUCUGUAAAGAAGCUUUCCGAGACUGAAUCGGUCGUGGUGCCGGAGGAAAAUAACUUAAUAACAGGAAUAUUCCCCUCAGAUUCCGGCGUGUACGCCGUUUAUGGCAACAGUGGUGAGCUCCAAUUCGUCGGCAUAUCUCGAAAUGUCGCCGCCAGUAUUUUAACGCACAAGAAAUCGGUGCCCGAUCUCUGUUGCUCAGUCAAGGUAGGGGUGGUAGAUGAGCCUGAUAGAACUGCUUUGACCCAAGCUUGGAAAUCAUGGGUGGAGGAACAGAUAGCAGCCACUGGAAAAGUACCGCCGGGUAAUGAAUCUGGAAAUACAACAUGGGUAAAAAAGCCUCCAAAGAAGAAGUCUGAUCUGAGGUUAACACCGGGUCGCAAUGUCCAAUUAACAGUCCCUUUGGAGGAACUCAUUGACAGGCUAGUGAAGGAAAACAAGGUGGUAGCGUUCAUCAAGGGAUCAAGAAGUGCUCCAUUGUGUGGAUUCUCACAGAGGGUUGUAGCAAUUCUUGAAAGUCAAGGUGUGGAUUAUGAAAGUUUAGAUGUGCUGGAUGAAGAACACAAUUAUGGGUUAAGGGAAACAUUAAAGAAGUAUAGCAACUGGCCUACAUUCCCUCAGAUUUUUGUUAAUGGUGAAUUUGUUGGAGGGUGUGAUAUAUUGAGCUCUAUGUAUGAGAAGGGUGAACUUUCUGUUUUAUUUAAACAGUAGUCAAAUUUCGGUUGGUAAAAUUAGAAUUAUUAGUGGUGAAAGUGUUGCAUCGAGUCGAGGGCUUGCUUACUGUUUUUGGCGUGGAAUGUCGAUUAUCAACAUUAAGAAAUGCAGUGGCAUUUGACGCACUUGAAUUUUUA